ACGUCGCCUCCACCGUCCAACUUCUCAAUUUCGUCUCUCUCUCUCUCAAUCUCUCAAGAAAUCAAGGCAUCCAAGCUUCAAAACAUCAUCUCCCAUGGCUCCCAAGAAGGACACCAACAAGCGCACAAUUGCUCCGGGUAAAAUUCUAAACCUACCCGAUUUCCCCAAAUUCAUUAUCUCGAUUCUUACGCUUCAAGGGUUUCUAGGAUUUGUUGCAAUAGAUGAAUUGGUGUAUGAUGAGCUUGUGUAUGAAUUCUAUGAUAAUCUCUCUUGGGAAACUAAGGUCAAUGAAGAUGAAGAAGAAACUCCUUUUCUCAAAUCUAGGGUUAAGAACAAAACUAUAAAACUGGGAAUUGAGGAAAUUUGUGAUUGUUUUGAUAUUGUUGAUAACCGAGAUGGAUUUGAGACGUAUGAUAGACAUGGAUGGGGCAUCAAGGGUGAUACUCUAGCUAGUUGUAUUGAUAAGCUACACAAUGGAGUUGAAUAUUACGGAAUUGUUAGGCCUAAAAGAGAAUUUUUGAAUGUUAAUCAACAAAUUCUUUUGAAAAUCUUAAAAGAAUGUCUUUUGCCUACUGGAAGCAACGACUCAUUUGUUGGUAUGCUCGAGUGUGCCAUUUUCUAUCUCUUGGAAGUGGAAUCCCUCGUUAGGUUCCCUAUGAUGAUGAUGAACCAUAUGUGGAUUCACAAGGGUUAUGGACAACUUCCCUACGGAAUGACGUUGACCAAAGUGUUCCGAAGGGCCAAAAUCAAACUUGAAAAAUACCAAGGAAGGAACUACGAGUACAAGAAGAUGGAUGCCACAAGUCUUCGACGGUCAAAGAUCUUUCAACACUUUGACGGAUUUCACACCGAAGCUUCCUACAACCGAAUCUCGGUAGAAGAGAGAAACCGAUGGAGACGUGAGCACAACUUGAGUAAAUUCGCAAGCUCUUCCUCUUCAAACCCCCGUCCUAGAGUUGAAGUUCCUCCACGUGCUUCUUCCAUGCCUCGCUCCCGUUCUACACACGCAAAAAUCGAUCCUUCAUUGAAGAAGUACAUGGAUGAGAAGAUAGCCCAAGUGGAGGAAAGCAUCACAAAGAAGGUAACCAAGUCCGUGACAAGGAAAAUCUUUGACAAAAUGAGAAAAUGGAUUGGUAGGCCUAAAUCCUCGUCAUCCUCAUCUUCUUCAUUGGAGGAAAAGAAAAGAGCUAGGAAGAAAUCCAAAGGACCAAUCAUUGAGGAAAUUGUUGAGGAAGACCCCGAAACAAUCAACGAGGAGAAUUUGCAAAAAGGGAUUCGGGAAAGCCUUGCUGAACAUUGUCAUAGCAUUAGCUCAUUUCCUCCUAUGAAUCCCUCAUCCACGUUUGAAUAUGGAAAUCCCUCCUCCUCACAUGUGAACGUUGAUGGUUAUGAUGAUGAUGAAGACAUUAACAACAUGGCAAAUGAUGAUUAUUACUAUUAUUGAAUUUCAUUUAGUCUUAUUUUUGCACAAUAUGUUAAUGUUUCGAUAUUUAAAACUUUGGUACUAUUUGAUAACAUUGUGCUUAAUGUGAAAUUGCCUUUAUUGACUCUCUUGAAUAUUUUUAGAUUUGGUAUCAAAGUCAUAAACAGGUACUGCUAGA